UACUUCAUAGUGCGGCUCUUCGGCUUCUAUGUUUAGCAAAAAAUCUAUGUAGAUGAGCUCUGAGUGUCAUACAAGCGCUGCUGCAAUCUCGUCUGCAGAAGAGUCCCAGAAAGAGACAGAAUGGGGACCGGGAGAGCAAAUUCUAGACUUCCUUGAGGUAUGCAAGUGCGUACUCCUUCCUCCGUCCCUGCCUAACCGCUCAACCAUGGCCUGCCAUACCACAUUUCCGGCCGAAGUGCCCUCCAACCAUAUGCAUCAUGAGUCAACGUCCAUGUUGUGGUCGUUCAUGGUCAAUAAUUUUCAGAUGCUGCCGCGCCUGCUGCCAAUCCGCCCCUAUAAUGCCCCACGCAUACGUGCUUCCAAUUUGGGCCAUGAGCACGGCCGUGAGCAUGCAAGUCGAAUCCCCGAGAGCCUCGAUACUGCCGUCGCCUUGACGCCGGCUCAAAUGAACUACCCUUAUUCCAGACACGUAUAUGCAAUCCAAACAGAUCCCUGGUUCUCGGCGUUGCCGGUUGCUCGUGGAGCCAGGAUCAACGGUACUUCCGCCGUUCUUGGUUCCCAGUAUCAAAGUUAUAAUUUCACGUAAUGCUAAAGAGUCAGAAAUAACUAAACUUAGGACAUCGGAGAGUGAUAUGAUCCUUAAGAGUGGACGAGGGAAAUUAGUGUGCGGGUGGGGUGGAAUGUCGUGAAUCAAAAUCAAAUGUUAAGUUGGCGCUGUUUGGCAUGACGUUUG